AAUCGAAAGCUUUCAAUUCAGUAACGAAUAAAAUGCUAAAGAAUAUUGUUUGCUGGUUAUUCUUAGUGGGCAGUCUACAAUUAGGACUGGCCCAUCUCAAUGAAAAGUAUACAAUCGAUAUUUAUGCUGGAAAUCUGAAUAAUUUAACCAUCAAAUCGGAACCUUUUAUCAAGAUUAACGAUGGUUAUUAUUACUUUGGCAUGGACGGAGUUAAUUGGUAUGUGGCCUAUGAGAAAUGUCGUGCAUUGAACUCGGAAUUGGUAACAUUCGAGACAUUACAAGAAUUUGAAGCGGUUGCCAAUUAUCUAAAGGCACGUGAUCAUAAAUUUAACUACUGGACAUCGGGCAAUGAUUUGGGAUUGGAGGGAUCCUACAAUUGGUUCACCUCUGGACAGAGUAUAACCAUUCCAAAAUGGGCUCCCAAGCAACCCGACAAUAGUGGCGGCCGCGAGCAUUGUAUACAUUUGGGUUAUAUUUGGGGAUACUCCACCGAUUUCGAAUUGAACGAUCGACCCUGUGCCAAUGAUCAGAAUAGUCUCUUCCGUUAUAUAUGCGAAGCACCCGAACCUGAAACAAUUUCGAUUGUUGUAUGGAAAUGAUACCAUGUUAAGGUAUUGAUAAAAAUAAAUCUAAAUUUCUGAAUGAUCUGUAA